UAAUUUUAAUAAUGUUCCUUCAGAACUAUGGCUCAACAUUCUUGGAAAAAUUUGGACAAGCUACCUUAUAUCUUUGGAGUGGUAUUUAUAGUAGGAAUUUGUUUGCCCGUAACCAUUGCCUUAAUAUGUGAGAGGGUAACGCCUUAUGUGCCUUACAUCAGUGAAGGUGGUGGUAAUUUUCCUGAAGCUGGAAUAUUUGGUAUUUUUAUAGUGAUUUCAUCUUAUUUAAGUCUGAAUAUUAUGUUUCUGCGUUAUCUCGUUGUGGAAGAGAUGGCAGCUAAAGUGGGGAAUGGACUUGAUGACUUCUUAAACAAAGUAUCGUUCAUUCUUGGCUUCUUGUCAACUUUCGCCCUCAUCGUCGUUGCCUGUUUUCCCACUACAACUGUUACACAAGUUCAUAACAGUGCUGCAGGCAUCGUGUGUACUUGCAUCGUUCUAUAUAUGAAUUUUCAUUCUUGGAUAAGUUUACGGAUGUCUAGCAAUAAAAAAGUUGAAAAUAUUCGUCUAACUAUCACACUUUUCAGCUCACUGGCUAUAGUAAUAAUUGCUAUUUUUGGAGUAUUGGGAUCUUCGCAGUGGACAGCCGAAUACUGGGCUGGCAGUAAAACCCCAAAAGAUGAUGGAUUUGCUUCUUAUUUAGUAAGUGCGAGUGCUGAAUGGAUCUUAGCUGUGAUGUUUUUCCUCUAUUUGGUAACAUAUAUUCCUGAGUUCAAGAAUUCAUCAUUAGAAUUGAAGUUGAAACUUAAUAUUGAAAAUAGGAGUAUUCCAAGAACAACUGUAGUUAAAGCCUAAAUAAAAUAUACAGUAUGCAUAGUAGGUGGUGAACUCAACGGUAUAAUGUACAUUUUCUCUCUGAAAUUUCACUUCUAAAUAAAACAAAUUUUUCAUUUGAAAUUUGUUUUUUACGGAGAAUACGAUAUUGAGAUCGAAAUGAAGGCUGCAUGUAAUAUUGCGUUGUGUUAAUUGUUCUGUACUAAAGGAAUACUAUUUCUCCCCUUUUUUAUUACUUGUUUACAUAAAGUUUAAAAUAAAAUUAUUAUAAAGAAAA